UCACUGGCGGAGGUUUGCAGCUUCCACACCCCAGUUCAUCUCUCUCUUAUUAGAAACGAGAAGGUUCUAUAGCUAAUCCCAUAUUCCCAUCUCUGAGAAUCCUAGAGAUCGUGACAUUUUUUCUACUGAAUGGUAUGGAAGACAGCAAGACUGCCGAGAAGAAAGGGUUGGCGGGAACAGGCUUGGAUCUACCGGCGAACAAGCACGGCAAUUUGAAAAGCGCCUCCAACGAUCAAACCCUCACGGACAUCUUUCUCCACAUUAAGUCCUCCAAAACCCCUGCAGUCAUCAAUUACGGCGCAUCGUGGUGCCGCGUUUGUAGUCAGAUUCUGCCGGCAUUUUGCCGGCUGAGCAACAACUUUCCCAAGCUUUCUUUCGUGUAUGCUGAUAUCGAUGAAUGUCCAGAAGCUACGCAGCAUAUCAGGUACACGCCGACUUUUCAUUUUUAUCGUGACGGUGAAAGGGUAGAUGAGAUGUUUGGAGCCGGGGAAGAGAGGUUGCAUGAUCGCUUGUGGCUACACUCAGACUGAAAGAAAGAGUCAACGUUUAGAAGAUGCCACCGAUCAGCUGCAAACUGCAAUUCCCUUCCCUUCUCAAACUAUGCCUUCCAAUUAUUUAUUUCACUUUUAUUAGAACAGAACUAGGAAAUGUUGUAGUUUCAAUUAGUAAAGUUCUUGACGAAGUUCUUCCCAGGUUUUAUUUGGAUGGCAACAUUUUAAAAUGCAACAGGGUUGCAACAUGUAUGUGCUGGGAUUCUGGAUUGAGGGUCAAUGGAAAAUCUAGCAAUGUAGAAAUGGAAUUUGGCAAGCUCAAACAAUGUUUGAAUUUGGAAUUGAAUCAAUAUGCAAUGUGCUGCAAUCCUAGAGU